AUGCGGUGUACCACUGACCCCAAGCACCUCAUCGGGCUUAAGAAGAUGCUCGUCUACUAUGAGGGCCGCGUGCCAUGUGGCACCAAGACCGACUGGGGCAUGAACGAGUACCGCCUCCCCGACGCCACCUGCUGCAAUGCCGCCGGUGACUCAUCGGUGGCCUCCUCCAUGAACAAGUCUCCCAAGGUAUACAUAUACAUCAUCCUACAUCGUACCUAG